AUGCAGGCGCGCUACUCCGUGUCCGACCCCAACGCCCUGGGAGUGGUGCCUUACUUGAGCGAGCAGAACUACUACCGGGCGGCGGGCAGCUACGGCGGCAUGGCCAGCCCCAUGGGCGUCUACUCGGGCCACCCGGAGCAGUACGGCGCGGGCAUGGGCCGCUCCUACGCGCCCUACCACCACCACCAGCCCGCGGCGCCCAAGGACCUGGUGAAGCCGCCCUACAGCUACAUCGCACUCAUCACCAUGGCCAUUCAGAACGCGCCCGAGAAGAAGAUCACCCUGAACGGCAUCUACCAGUUCAUCAUGGACCGCUUCCCCUUCUACCGGGAGAACAAGCAGGGCUGGCAGAACAGCAUCCGCCACAACCUCUCCCUCAACGAGUGCUUCGUCAAGGUGCCCCGCGACGACAAGAAGCCCGGCAAGGGCAGCUACUGGACCCUGGACCCGGACUCCUACAACAUGUUCGAGAACGGCAGCUUCCUGCGGCGCCGGCGGCGCUUCAAGAAGAAGGACGUGCCCAAGGAGAAGGAGGAGCGGGCCCACCUCAAGGAGCCGCCCCCCGCGGCGUCCAAGGGCCCCCCGGCCGCCGGGCCCCCCCUAGCGGACGCCCCCAAGGAGGCCGAGAAGAAGGUGGUGAUCAAAAGCGAGGCGGCGUCGCCGGCGCUGCCGGUCAUCACCAAGGUGGAGACGCUGAGCCCCGAGAGCGCGCUGCAGGCCAGCCCGCGCAGCGCGGCCUCCACGCCCGCCGGCUCCCCCGACGGCUCGCUGCCCGAGCACCACGCCGCGGCGCCCAACGGGCUGCCCGGCGCGCUCGCCGCCGCGGGCCACCACCACCAGCAUCACGGCCACCACCAUCCGCAGGCGCCGCCGCCCCCGCCGGCUCCCCAGCCCCAGCCGGCGCCUCAGCCCGGGGCCGCCGCAGCCCAGGCCGCCUCCUGGUAUCUCAACCACAGCGGGGACCUGAACCACCUCCCCGGUCACACGUUCGCGGCCCAGCAGCAAACUUUCCCCAACGUGAGGGAGAUGUUCAACUCCCACCGGCUGGGAAUUGAGAACUCGACCCUCGGGGAGCCCCAGGUGAGCGGUAACGCGAGCUGUCAGCUGCCCUACAGAUCCACGCCGUCUCUCUACCGCCACGCCGCCCCCUACUCCUACGACUGCACGAAAUACUGACCCGCCCCAGGCCCUCUCCUGCCCCCAGUCCGCUCUGGCUUUGCCUCCCAGACCCGACACUCUCAGACGGCUAAGGCUGCAGAGAUGCAAAAAGAAACAGAACAUGUCCACCAAGUUUUUCUCAGACCCGGGAGCAGAGAGCGCGCGCGCCAGCCCUCAGCCCUCAGCCCUCAGCCGUCUGUGAAGGUGCAGGUAACUUUAAUUCGCCGCCCCGUUUCUGGGAUCCCAGGAAGCCCCUCUGAAAGGACGCAGCCCAACGAAAUAUUGAUUUUAAAAUCCCCCUCCCCUCCAGGAUGGCUGUGCUCCGCUCCACUCGGGGUUUCGAAAAUUAAGUUAUGGACCAAAUCCCAUAGCGACCCACUAAUGGCUUUCUGUAGAGCCCCCCAUAGGUGUAUGGGUACGGGAGUCUCUAUAGAUAAUGUACGUGCUGUGUGUAAUUUUAAAUUCCUCUAACCGUGCUGUACAGAUGUGUGGAUUUGUAAUCAGGCUAUUUUUUGUUGUUGUUCAGAGCCAUUAAUAUAAUAUUUAAAGUUGAGUUCACUGGAUAAUUUUUCAUCUUGCCCAACAAUUUCUGACUGCCAAAUUAAAUUCAAGAAACCUAUGUGGGAUUUUAUUUUUUUUCUGUACAAGUAUGAGAUAUAAUUCUUUUCCCAGUUAUAGGUCUUUUACAAAACAAGAAAAUAAUUUAUUUUUGUUGGUGGUGGAUAAAGUCAAGUAUCUGAUACUUUUUAUUUACAAAGUUUGAUGGUAUUGUAUAGUAGAUUCCACCCUGAGUAUUCCUAAAAGAAAAAAAAAACCCUCAAAAAUUUUUAACUUCAUCUGUGUUUGUCUUAUGUGGUCUUAAUUGUUGUACUUACCUUAAAAUAAACCCAUGUGUUGUUCUGCCCAAA